CUAUUUAUCUAGUGAGCAUGUGACUUUAUCGGAAAUAUGUAUAAAAAGAGGUUAGGUUAGGCAUUUAAACUUUAACCAAGAGCAUUGACCACACUAUACAGAAUACACGUGAUGACGAGCUUCUUUCGCGUUUCAACACGCUUCUUUAUUAAUUCUCAUUCUCGCAUUAUCACCACUUGACCACUUGAUCACCCCACUUUAUAUAUUGUGGUCGCUCACAAUUCCCAAUUCCCCAGUGAUUGAUUGUCUUAUCAUUGACGUGACUAUGUGGCUUCUGGAGAAUGAAGAUGAAGCUCUUGAUGGGAAGCGACUUUGGUUACGACCAGGGAAGCGAUAUCUUUUCGGUCGAACUGUUGCCGAGCCCGGUCAGCUUGCUAUAAAAGGCCCUGGGGCGGAGAGAGUAUCGCGGAAGCACGUCGUCAUCCGCGUCGAUAAAGUAGCUGAGAGAGAUGGGGAACGUGUUUCGAGUCGUUCACAAAUUACCGUUGAGGACCUCGGCUCAAAGUCUGGAACGUGGUUAAACGAUGAAAGGUUUAAAGGCGAGAGCCGUGUACUCUCCCAGGAUGUAAAUAUCCUUCGAAUGGGCUCUUUCCCUUCUAAAUUCCGCAUCACCUGGUUUCCUGUAGUUUUGAGCUUCGUGUUUACCGCGAACGAACGCCGAGCCGACCCGGUAUCAAAACUUCGAGAGGAUCUUGAGCAGCUUGAUAUCAAGUUCCUUACGGACUAUGACAAAGCAUGCACCCAUGUUGUAUCAAAAAAGAGAAACGUUGCAAAAGGCCUACAAGCUCUAGUAAAUGGACAGUUCAUCGUGACGGAUGCGUUUUAUGGAGCUAUCAUCAACGCUGCAACACCCGAGGAUGGGAAUGAUGGUAUGACUGCAAGUGCGUUGGAGAGCGAUUUCGACGCAAAUUGGCCAGAUGCUAUGCAAUUUGUACCGCCACCAGGAGACGAAGCCGUGCCAAGGCCAGUCGAGGCUUUUGCCCCUAAUCCUAGCCGCUCAGAGAUAUUCCAUGGCUUCUCCUUUAUAUUUUAUAACCGAAAGCAAUUCGACCAACUUCUAGGGCCUAUCACGAAUGGUGGAGGUAAAGCGUUGCUAAAUGAAGUGGUAGAGGGGGAGACAGUCAUUGAUGACUUCAUCCGGUAUGUGAAAGGGGUCGCAGGAGAGAAAGGGUUAGGGGAAUUUGAGGAUGGAAGUGAAGGCAAAGGCGUUGUCGUGGUCAGGUGGAUCCCAAGUCCUCCCAAAGAUGCCGUCUGGUUCACCGAAUUUUACACGUCUGUUUCCUUACGACUUGAUCACCGACUUAUUGAUCAGAAAGAAUUCCUCGACGCCAUCCUCAAUAAUGAUGCUAGUGGUUUACGAAGACCACUCGAAGCAGAAGCAGACCCAUAUACACCACAAGUCGAACCGCAGCCUCCCACGGUAAAGGAGACCAUGGACAUAGAUGAACAUCACGUCCAACCACAACAACCACCACCUCGAAGACGAGUGAGAGGGACCGUGAAGAGUCGUUUCAAAGGAUUUAAUGUGGAUUUGGAAGAUGACGAUUUACCUGUGGAUUCCCCGGCUCCUGUAGUACCCCAGGCUGCAGAGGCGGAAUUUUCACAGGAAGCUCUCUUCGUGUCGCAGGAUGCUGCGUCACAGGAGCCGAACGAAGAUAUCCAUAACACUCGACAGUCGCAGCGAAAACGUCGCAUACCCCCACUGCCCGAGCCGCAGAAUAUUAUGGAUGACUUUGCCCCUACGGCUGCGCAAGUCAAGCGUCGUCGUAUCGCUGCUGGAGAAGACCCCGUUCCACGGAGGCCCGCGCCCUCGACAGCGGAACCUCGGAAACCUUCCAUCAAAGCCCCCAAAGUUAAGAAAGAAAUUGAUAUUCUCGAACUAGCGCGACAACAUCGGGAGGAGGCAGAGGCCCAGGCGAAAGCUGAGAGAGAAGAGCUGGCCAUGGCUCCAGAGGACCUGGACCUAGCAGAGAUUCGUCGUCUGCAUAUUGAAGAGCCUAUGGAAUUGCGGCAGAUGCCACUCAUACGCACCCGAGAGCAGGAUAUAGCCGAUGGUCGCUGGGACCCAGCAUGGAACGGGCGGAAGAACUUCAAAAAAUUUCGUCAGCGAAACGGGGUCCAAGGACGGGCGCCACAAAAGAUCAUCGUAUCUCUCGAAGAGGUCAAGUCGAAAGGGUUCGGUAUUGGCGAUGACUACUGGCUUGAAGAUGAUAGCCAACAACAGAAGAGAAAAAAGCAGACUCAGUCACAGACUCCAGGCACGGAUGGGAGAGCAGAUCAAACAGAAUCUAAUGGGCAUGCAAAGGGGCCUCGAAAGCAGACCCAAAGACUGCCUAGUGAGAUUCUCCCUCAGGUCGACAGCAGUGAAGAUGAGGACCACCGCAUGGAUGAUGACGAGGACGAGAACGCCGAUGUUGUCAUAGCCCCUGCUUCGAAGACACGGGCAAGCAGGGCAUCGCAACAAACAGCACCUUCGCAGUUAUCGCGGACCACGACACGUAGCACAUCACAGAAGACACAGUCUUCCAGGACAAGCAAGCGGCCCGCUCCGCCUCUCACCAAGGAACAACCGACAAAAAGGUCUCGCUUAGGGUUGGUAGCUGCUAGUGACGAUGAGAGUGACGAUGAACUACGGUUUAGAUUCGGGAAAAGAUGAUAGGAUUCCCUUGCUCACUGUACGCAUUGUAGGUGCCUGCUAAAGCUAUGUUGCAUGUGCAUAGGUUUCUUCUAUCAACGGGGUAUCUCGUCUAUAUGCCUCGGUAGCCUAGCUCUUAGUUCUGUUAUGAGUGAACCAUGAGAAUAAUGAAAAAUCUAGUAUCUACUUGGAUUCAAUCCUGGCCUGACCUGGCAUUGA